UUAAACCGUUCCCCCCCUCCCCCAGAUCGAAUAAGAUCUUUAUCUCUCCAUUGCUCGCCCACUACUUGUCGCCCAAUUGCUCAACAGCUCCAAUGCAUCUAUAAACCCGCUAGGAUCGCCAAGCUGAAACCCUCGCUCAAUCCCCGAUCGACCCAUCAAUCAAAGUACCCCUAAUAAAGUCCGGCCGAGGCGUUGAUCCCAGUAAACGUCGAGUAAUAAGUUCAAGGUUGAACCAACAAUCCAAGAACUCGAUCAGAGGACAGCGACAUCACAGUGAGGCGACUUUGAAUCAAGUGAGGUGAUAAACACCAUCGGCGCGGGAGUCGUCAAUUCUCCACCCGAACUCCUUUUCUUCAAUAGGGCUGAAUCACGCUCUGCUCUUGCAUGUAUCUGCCACCAGAGUCAGACAGUGCAUGAGGACGUCCUUACUCGCUGGACCUCUUCUUGAAACCAACGCUGGCACUGGCACUGACUGACACUGCCAUUGCUCAGUGUAUCCCUGUCACUGUUACGCAUCAUCGUUCGAAAGAAACGCAUUUCCUCAAGUGUUGCAACCUCUCAACUCCACCCUCAAGUCUUGACAGAAAUCACUUACGCAAGAAUCCAAGUGAUCACGACAACUCCCUGGUUCAUUCAGUAUCAUGAGUAGCGACGGUGUUGGUGGCCGGUUCUGGCGCAAGCAGAAGCUCGGCUCCAGGGACUUCACUCUUCAAGAGCGCAGAGCAACAGGUGAGGGUGAGGCAGAUGUCGAGGCCGAGGAGGGUAGCAUUCGCCAAGGAGUAUCGACGGAGUAUCGCACCUACAAACGACGUUGGUUUGGUCUCGCCCAGCUUACGCUGAUGAAUAUUAUUGUGUCGUGGGAUUGGAUGACCUUUGCACCAGUAGCAUCACAGGCUGCCGAGUACUAUGAUGUACGCGAAUCAACCAUCAACUGGAUUAGCACUGCAUUCUUCCUUGCAUUCGUGGCUGUAUUUCCCAUCAGCAUUGCCAUCCUCCAUCGGGGUCCGAAGCUGGCCUUCAUGACAGCCGCCGUUCUCAUUCUCAUUGGUAAUUGGAUUCGAUACGCCGGUUCUACCAAGUCUAGUGGUGGAAGUAUUGCCUAUGCCAUGGCCGGAGAGAUUAUCAUUGGCUUUGCCCAGCCUUUUAUUCUUGCAGCACCAACUCGAUACUCGGAUUUGUGGUUCACUAACCGUGGACGUGUCGCUGCAACAGCUCUGACAAGUCUGGCCAACCCGUUCGGUGCAGCAUUCGGACAACUAAUUACACCACUCAUGGUUAAAAAGGCUGGCGAUGUGUCAAACAUGGUCCUCUACAUCUCCAUCAUUUCAACGGUCUGUGCCGUGCCUGCCUUCGCCGUUCCGGCCAAACCUCCUUCGCCAGUUGGUCCAGCAGCUGAGACCCCUAAACUCAGUCUCCGCGAAUCCUUUGGGGUCUUGAGUCGUUCUCUCGAGGUCUGGCUGGUCCUUGUUCCCUUCUCUAUAUAUGUCGGUUUCUUCAACUCGAUCUCUUCACUUCUCAAUCAGAUCUUCUCGCCAUAUGGCUUUUCAGAUGACGAUGCUGGUAUCGGCGGUGCCGUGCUUAUCGUUGUUGGUCUCAUCGCCUCCGCUAUCUCGUCACCCAUUAUCGAUCGCACGAAGAGUUUCCUCUUAACUCUCAAGAUCCUUGUUCCCAUCGUUGGCGUCAGUUACCUGGUCUUCGUCUGGAUGCCUGAAACAAGGGAUAUUGCUGGUCCCUACGUAGUCCUCGCCAUUCUGGGUGCCUCCUCCUUUUCGUUGGUUCCUAUCGUACUCGAAUUUCUUAUCGAACUCAGUCACCCACUCAGCCCCGAAAUCACUUCAACUUUGGCCUGGGCUGGUGGUCAGCUGUUCGGCGCUAUCUUCGUCAUCAUUAGCGAUGCGCUCGUGGCCGAUAAGGACGCGAACCCUCCGAAGAACAUGAAGAAUGCCCUGAUCUUCCAAGCAGUUGUGGCUCUUGCCGUAAUGCCCCUGCCUUUGUGUCUGGGGCUUUUUGGUCGGAAAGAAAAGACGAUGCUUCGACGUGUUCGCUCGGAUGAACAAAACCCGUCGGACACGACUGUAACGACUAACGCGUGAUUAGAUUUCAACUGAAUGCGACAUGGGCCUGACGUAUGGUUUCCCAAGCUAUGACUUUGGGAGCUACUAAUAUUAUCGUCUUCUGUGGCGUUUAUACAUGCCUGUCAUUGUCGCAAUAUACCCAUUUCCUUUUUAGUUAAACGCCGAUCGGAUCCAUUAAUCAGGAUGGGAUCCUUUCCUCUAUGCUUUUCUAACCCCAAGAAUGGUCUCCCACUCGUAUCGCAUGUUCUCCAUCCUUUCCCAGCAUUCGGCGCCCAGUUCCUCGAAUCGCACGACAUCUUCCUUGGUCACGUCUUUAGCGCCUCUCUUUCGCCCGAUGGUCUUCUUGAAAACACCAACAGCCGUGUCCGCUUCCAGCGCCGCCGCAUCCUCGACUUUGCCCUCCCAACCCCAGCCUUCAACUUCUGUCUUCUUAACUUCGACCUGCAUGUGACGGUUGGAACUGCUCCCCCACUUGACGCGCUCGGCACCUAGUUCAUCAAGCGCAGAUUGCUCUUGGAGCGCAAUCCAAACAGGGGAUUUGGCACCGGUAUAGCUGUCUGUGUUGUGCCAGGGUGAACCAAUCCAGCGACUGACCAGAAGAGCAAGUUCAUAUGCCCACAUCAGAAACCAGGGAACUGGGAAUAAGGUGCUGGCAACAAUACCCGGAUGGGUGAGAUACAUGCGUGGUCCAAUGGGUUUAUCGUGGGCCUCAUUGGGGUCGUCGGGAGUGAAGAAGCGGCUGGAAGAUGGCACGGCGGCUGGAAGAGUUGCAGUAAGGGAAAGGAUGUCGGUGACUCGCUUGGCGGAUUCGUACGGGCCUUUACCAUUGAAGCACUGGAAAUCGGACAUAUCGAGAACACUGUCGACGGCCUCAAGGCUGCUGGACCAGACCAGACGGCCGGGUGUUUCGGUUUCGGAUCGCCGACUAAGUAGUGGAAGAAGUUCAUGGGCCAAUAUAUAAUGACCAAAAACACACGCUGUAAACACCUCGCCGAGUAAAGGUUCCUUAGGCUGUAUUCAGUCAAUGGGUGAAAUCCUUGAGUUGCUGGGACUCCGACUUACAUAAUUGUAGUUGCGCUUUUCGUUCAGCAGAGCAGUAGGGAGGGCCAUCUUGAAGUUUGGCCAAGUAACAGACUGCACCAACCCCUGGGUCAAGAUAGUCCAUACAGCUUUGGGAUAAUUGACCCCUGACCACCCACCAUACGCAGCAUUGAAUACUACAGUAUCCAGCCUGGGAAUGCGUACGUUUUGUAGAUAUUCGCCUUGCAGCCCCUCAGGGUUGCUGACUGGGCCUCGUAACAGGGCAUUUGCAAAAGAAUACACCCCGCGCAAGUCACAUAGGUCAAGCUGCAAGCUCAGAACAUGGAUCCGCGCAACAGUAUCCUCCCAACGAUAUGAACUCCCGGCACGUGAACGUAGUGCUGUAGAAGAAUGCGCGGCUUUUUUUGCGUAAUCGCGGAGGGUUUUGAUCGUUUGCAAGGACUUGGAUUUGGAUCGUGUGGUAGGGAUGAGGAUAAGGUGGGAGCGCAAGGACCGUGUAGCGAGGAAUUCGUCAAUUAAUCGUUCUCCAAUGCUGAGACCGAUACCACUUGAGCUGUAUUAGCUGUCGUUCCCUAAAGCCGGGAGCAAUUGAGCAAACCUAUUGGCACCUGUGAUCAGAACAAAAAGUUGCUCCUCACCUGAGACUCCCUCCCAGGGGGCUGUCGCUGGUGACAAUUGUGAGCCCAUCUAGAUGGAAUGCAGCUCAAUUCUUGGGUUAUGGCAUUCGCAGUGGGCAAAGACAAUCCUACGAAUACCAACACAAUGCGAUAAAGAGUUGAGGGCGGUGUGUUAGAUGUUAAGAUGUUAACAGUGGUGUUGGGUGGAACGAAAUUCACGUGAUACUGGUAGGUAGCAUAUUUAAUUUCCAUGCUCUCACAGCUCAAUCCGAAAACGAAUAAGAGACUGUGGUACAUCAAUCACUACAUCUUCACAAUACGUCCAGUCAGGUAAGCUGAGAAAAGGUUAAGGCAUCUCAUCAUUAUUCUUGAUUGUUAUUAAAUUGGUAACUACCCUUUUUCCCAGCGAAUAUCCAUUCUCUCCAUGAAUACUCCGUAUACCAUUGCAAUUUGUUCAGGAAUGGCUAAAUCAACCCAAUCAUUACUCCCGGGCCUUGCUGCUGCCCUCUCGCACAGCUUCGAGAAUCAGAUUCUUAGCCUUUUCAACUCCAUCCUUGGUUCCAAUAAUUUCAAUGGCUUCGUCUUUGGCCUGGUCACGAGGGACCUGGAUCUUGCAAUUGCUCUCCUUUCUGAUCGAGUUGACCUUGGAGCCGUUGGGACCAAUGACAUGUCGGUAGGUUCGAGGGUCUGGGAGAACCAGAUAGCCUGUAGCAUCAUUCUUCCUGGCCUGCUCAAGAGCCUUGGCAAUGGCAUCCUUUGCCUUCUCUACGUUCUCAGAUGAACCGCGCAGAACCCAAGGGAAAUCGCCAUCGUCACCAGCAUCAAUCUGGACGACCUUCCACGAGUGUGCCUCGGAUGUGGCAUCGUCGUCGUCAGUGAUCAGAGGGAGUGCUCCGACGUUGGAGCGAGUGGAAGAGUCAGGCUUCGCAGGCAGGGCUUGGCCAGCAUGGUCAACAGUGACCGAGUAGUUGUUGCGAAGCUGGCGGAAGAACUGUCCACCAUUGGAAAUGGAAUGGUGAAGGUUGCGAGGGACCUGGAUGGUCUCACCCUGUUGCUGUUGAACAAGUCCUUGGAUGUGCUCCUUAGCCUUGGCCACGUUCUCAGGGCGGCCUGUCAACUUGACGCCAGUCUUGCCAUCACCUUGGCGGGGAACGUCGAUAGAGACGGUGAACUUGGACUCGAGCUGGCGCUUUGUAUCACCACCACGGCCAAUGAGCGAACGGUGGUUCUCAAUAGGAACAUCCACAAUCUCAGUGACCUGGCUCUCACGCUCACCCACAAUCUCCUGAAUACGCUCAACGAUCUUGUUCACAACAUCAGUGCGGCCCUCAAUCUUGAUAGUAUUUCCAUCGGCCUCCUGCUUGGGGAACUGAAUGGUGCGAGCAAGCUCUCGUCGGUCAUCAGAGCCACCGGCCUUGACGACAAUGUCGCGAAGGUUGGAGCCUGUAACAAUUAGUUAUGGUGUGAAUAAAGAUAAAAGGUAUAAACUUACCGCCAGCUCCAAUGAGAGCCUUGUGGUACUUCUUAUCAACGUCAAGGGUUCGGACUACAGUAUCGUCGAAGACAGCUCGCUUCUCCUCAAGAACCUUCUUAGCCUUGGCGACCUGUGAAGCGGUACCCUUGAUCUGAAUCUCGACAAUGUCGGUGUCUCGGUCUUGAGGUACAUCGAUGCGAGCACCGGUAGCUUGGCGAAGCUCAUCUAGAGCGGAACCACCCUGUCCAAUCAGAGAUCCGACUUGCUUCUGCUGCACAGCAACAGUGGCGGUAGCCGAAUGCUCUUCAAGAUACUUGUGAAGAGAAAAGAUCUCAUCCCGAGCCUCGUCAGCACCCUUCUUGGGACCUCGGAUGAUGACCUCAUCAGGAGCCUGUUGUCGACGAGGUUUGGCACCCUCUUCGGCAUCGACAUUCGACUGCUCAUCGUCUGCAGACUUAGCAGAUCGAGGGAAGAAAAUAUGAACCUUAUAACGGGUCUGCAGCCGGUUGAUCUGGCUUCCCUGGGCCCCAAUUAACUCCCUAUGAUACUUGGGGUCAAUCUUCAGAGUGUGACUUGUCUCAUCUGCCAGUGUACGAGCGAGGCUCUGGAUAUAAGAGCGAGCAGUCUCGGCCUUGGCCUUGGGUCCCUUGAGCUCAACCUUGCCAUCUUGGACUUGAAUCUCAACAUCGAAACGGUCUCGAAGCUCACGAAUGUUGCUGCCACCCUUACCAAUUAGGUGGUUGGCAAACUUCUGAGGGAAAUCGAAAGACAGGGUGAAACCUCGCUCCUUCUCGUCCUCCUUCUCUUGCUCAACAAAAGCAUUGGACUUGGCAGCAAGGGACUCGACAGCUGAAGCAGGUCCUCUAAGGGUGAUACGAGUUCCAUUCUUCGAGACGCGGACAGGAAUCUGGUCCGACUUUCGAGAUUCCUGCUCCUUCUUAAUGAAACGUCUAAGUCUUUCAUGGUAUUUAGCAGGGACAUCGAGCUCGGCACUAGUGAUAGCUUCCUGCUUGUUGAUCAGCUCAAGAAUGUGUUUCUGGGCAUCCUCGAGUCCCUUCUUAAAGGCACGGAUCUCGGCAUCUGUGGGCUUAGUGCUAGGCAGCUGAUAAGGACCAUUGGCGGGAUCAGGACCUUCAAACACCAGAAGGACAGGAACAUUGCCCUCUGAAGCCUCAGGAACAACAACCUGGACACCAUAGUCAUUCUUUACUUGACGAGAAAUGUUGUUACGAAGGUGCUGGUGGAAGAAAGGAUCAACGGGGAUAGCGCUCAUGCGAGAGGGAGGCUGGGCAUUGACGAUGCCAGUGAUUUCAGACUGGGCACGAAUGGCGUUCUUACCCUCGCGUGAGUAAAGUUCCCAAGGAAGUGCACCUCCUUCUGAGAAAGGAGUGUUGAUAUGAGUGUUGUAGAUCUUUUCCAGGCGCUCGAUCUCCUUGCGUUGACGGAGAUAUCGAGUCACGUUGCUAGCAUGUGCAGCAGCGCCGCCUGGAGCGUUGCGGUGGAAUCGAGCAAUAUCCAAGUUGGACAUCUGCAUGCCCAUGGCAAGAUCCAUAGCCUUCUCCACGCCAGAAGCAACCUCGUCAGCGGGUCCAAUGACGGUGAUAACGUCAUCAUCUUCAUCGGUGGGAAGAAGAAUGGAGCAGCCAGUAUCAGCAAAGAACUGCUCAGCAGGAACACCUCGGUCGCCCACGAUGAAUUGGUGGCGGCCACGCUGGAUAGACAGCUGCUCGGCAGCAAGUUCCCUGUGGAGCUGGGCAACUCGGCGCUCGAUCUCGGCGCGAGCCUUUUGCACUGCAGCUCGGUCACCAGCAAGCUGGAUGUGGCUAUCGUCGUUGCCAGCAGGGGCGAAGAUAGGUCGUUCACCAGGGUUGGCAGUAACAGCAGCGGGCCCCGUGGAGUAUGCCUGCAGGGGAGGGAUGCGAACCUGCACACCACUGUCUUGUUCAAGAGCUUGAGCAAAUGCAUUAUCUUGGCCAGCGAUGAAGGGAUAGAAGGCAGCAGGAAUGCCCCGAACCUUAGUCUGGACAUUGGCAGACCGUUCGUCAGCAAUCUUGAGAAUCGCAUCUCGAGCAGAAGCGGCAGAGAGGGCAUUACCCUCAACCGUCACAUCAAUGGUAGCAUCGUCAUCCUCCUCAUCGAUAGGGUUGCUUUCGUCGACUUUGGGGAGCUGAAUCUUGGCACCCGACUUCUCCUGGAGAGCCUUGAUCGUGGAUCCUCCCUUACCGAUGAUGUGGGCGCGGGCUGACUGAGGAAUAGGAACUUUGAUGGCAGUCUAGCAAGUAUUAGUUUAGUUCAUGAAUAGGAGACACGUAAACUUACUCGAGUACCAAUCUGACCGACCAGAUCCUUGAUCGCCUGUUGAGCGACAUCCUGGGGACCAGUAGCAUCAAACCUGUAGCGGCCAUUGG